AUGAAGUACCGUUGGUGGCUUUAUUCAAUAUAUGCCGUUGGACUACUGCUGGGGCUAGGCCCAUCGUAUAUUCACCCAGAUGAGCAUUUCCAAUGCAUCGAAAUCCUGGUUAUGUGGUUCACAAAUAGUAAGGGUACCGUACCGUGGGAGUUUGACCCUAGUUUUGCUGCAAGAAGCUACGUUCCUUUACUGCUGGUCUACGGGCCAUUGUUCACCAUUUUAAAGUUUUUUCCGUACUUUCAGAAUAACCCAAUAUCAAUCCUAUAUUUAAUGAGAUUACAAAAUUAUCUAAUGAUCAUAUUGUGCGGUAAUUUUAUCGUACCCAAACUAAUAAGAGGUGACACGAAAGCCGUUCAAUCUUUAAAAAAAUUCUUGUUUCUAACCUCCUACGUGACCUGGACGUAUCAAAUUCAUACGUUCUCCAAUUCUGUGGAAACAAUUAUUCUGAUGAACACUCUGAUAGUAAUGGAAAGCAUAGCAAAUGCGAAAAAUGCUGAAAAGAAUAGCUACAAGAAAUCGGUUUUACUGGGGUUUAUGAUUAGUCUUGGUGUUUUCAAUAGAGUCACUUUUCCCGCAUUUCUUUUACUACCGUGCUUGAUAUUAUUUUGGAAAUUUUACCGCACUCAUUGGCGGUCUAUAGCAAUGCUUUCACUUUCGUUUUUGAUAUCAUCUUGUUUAAUUGUUCUUAUAGAUACAAAAAUUUUCAGUAACGGAAAAGGAUUCAUCAUCACACCUUGGAAUAACCUGAAAUACAAUAUCAAUAUCAAGAAUUUACAACUGCACGGAUUGCAUUCAAGAUACACCCAUUUACUAGUCAAUUUACCACAAAUGCUAGGCCCUGCAUUGUUACUAGCAAUUUUGUCCGGUUAUAAGCUCAAUCAGCUAUCUACCUACUCAAUAAUCUCAGGAAUGCUAUUUUUGUCACUAUUCCAACAUCAAGAAUUGAGAUUCUUAAUACCACUAGUCCCAUUGUUCAUAACAAAUUUGAGCUGGACACGCUCGAGUUCGAAAUUAGUCGAUAAUAUGUGGUUCAAAGGGGCGUGGCUUCUUUUUAACAUAAUUAUGGGUUUUAUCAUGGGAAUUUCACAUCAAAGUGGGAUAGUCCAGUUUUUGGGAGAUUACUCCAGAUUUCAUAGCGAAUCGAUGGGUGUCCAUAUAUGGUGGAAGACAUAUUCACCGCCAACAUGGAUGUAUAUGGAUAACUCGCUAACUGUCUCUUCCGUUGUUAAUUUACAAAAUGGUGCUGAAUCAAUAGAUGAGAUACCGUUCAAUGUGAGCAAUCAUCAUGUAAUAGACCUUAAAGGCUGUGACCUUCAACUUUUAAAAGACACAAUAAAACGAUUACUGUCGAAGGGGAUCCAGAAUCCACUGACUUUAGUAACGUCUGAUUCUAUGAUAUCAAAAUUGAAGAAAUUGGAGGCAGAUGAAGGGAUAACGUUAAUACCAAAACGUCAUUACCUGUCUCAUUUAGAUUUGGAUCAUUUUGAUUUUAAUGAUUUGACAUCUUUUAAGUCAGGGCUUACUGCGUAUUCUAUCGAAUAG